CAGUUUAACAAGCCAAUUUAAAUCAUUUAAAAACUGCAUAGAUGAAUUAAAACAGUUUAAGUGGUUAUUUAACAUAAGGAGUGGCUGACCUGAAACUUAUUAUUUUUUUGAAAAGAUUAUUUGUGUCCUAAUUCUUCUUAUACACAACGAAUCAAUUAUAUUCAUAGACGUAUUUAUCUACAAAUGGAAGUAUGAUCUGCAAGAGUUGAAAAUCUUGUGGUGUGAUGUACACAAUCUGUUAAACCAUUUCGGACAAAAUAUUAUCCAAGAGGAUAUUGUAUGUUGUAAAUAAAUAAAUAUAUAAAUAAAUAAGUACACAUGACUGUAGAGAAUAUUGAAUUUAACUUUCUCAUGCCUACUCUCCAAAUAUUUUGCUGGAGUUUAAUGAAUACGCCCAUAUUGGCGUUAUGCAUUGAAAGACACAAUGUGACUAUGAUAUUUUCAUUAUCGAUCCUGCAGUGAGAUUCCUAAAUGUUUCAUUGGCAAAGCGUAUCACCUUCUAAUUCAUGAAACAUCUAAUCUUCCUCCAUUGUAUAUCGAAAUUGAUUGACUCUUAAGUUGUGCAAACAUUGAAAGAUCCCAUGGUAGUUACUAUGCAAUUUCGCAUUAUCAGCUUUUUAUUCAGGUUUGGAAUUCAUUGUUUACAUGUGAGGCAAACGAGAUUAUUAUGCACCAUAGUACUUUUUAUAUUCUUCAUCUUUUGCAUUUGGUUAUUGAUAACAUUAUACCUUCAAGAAGAUUAUCAAAUAUUUCAAUUCCCGCCAAAUAUGGACUUGUAUAAAAUCCAUGAGAAGGAAAAGUUAAAAGUUAAUCCAAGUGCACCUCCACUGUGGAAAAUAAUAUUCCCUUUAUCUUCGAAUUACAAUGAUAUGUGUUUUAGUAGAAAUCGUGAAUGUAAUAGAAACCACCAUAAUUCAACUUUCCAUCAAUCACCAUGUCAAACAGCUGAUUACUUUUUGAUUAUUAGAUCUCAUGUCAGCCAUUUCAAUCAACGGGAUGCUAUUCGUCAGACAUGGGGCAAUCAACAAUGCUACGAAAACUUCGGUGCCCAUGUUCGUAUUUUGUUUAUUUUAGGUAAAGAAAAUAAUCAUGUGAAAUACGACCAAGUUAAAAAUAUCAUAAAUGAUAAAUAUUAUGAGAAUGAUCAAUCAGAUAGUGUCUUAUCUAAAUUAUAUUAUGAACAUUCUACACAUCAUGACAUUAUUCAAUUUGACUUUGUUGAUAAUUAUCCAAAUUUACAGAAUAAAUGGAUAGGCAGUAUGGACUUUUUGGCAAAAUACUGUUCAGCUAACAGUAAAUCAUUUGUUAUUCUCAUUGACGAUGAUUAUUUUCUACAUCCAGUCAACUUAAUACAUCUAUUAUACCGUGUUACACCAAGUCAGUACAGAAUUUAUGCAUCUGGUGGCCUACGACAUGUAUCAUAUCCAGUACGUCUACCAUUUUUACCUGGAUAUAUAUCCUUAUCAGAUUAUCCAUUCAACAUAUAUCCACCUUAUCUAUUUGGUGGUACAAUCAUCCUGAGUAUGCCAGUAGUCCACUUGGUUCGUACUGGCUUCCAGUAUGUUAAACCUAUCCCAUAUGAUGACAUUAUGUUGGGGAUUAUAUUAUUAAAAUUCGGUAUCGGUCCAGUUCAUAUCAAACAAAUAUAUUCACAUAAUCCACCUGAUAUGCAUAUACUGAAGAAGUUACAGUUUAUCAGUGUUCAUGGUUUUAAUAAACCUUCCUUACUUCAUUCGUUAUGGUCAACUUUGAAUAUGGAUCUUAUUUGUAAAAUAAAAAUGAGAGAAUAAGAAAGUGCAUUUUUUUAAAAUUAUUUUUUGGUAUUUCUAUUUUUUGUUUAUUUUGUUUACAUAACUUUAUAACUCUAACUUAUUUUAACAAUAAAAGUUUCCAA